CUGCCGGAAGUCGGGUGGCUGACCAUGGCGACGGUGGCGGAGCAGUGGGUGCUGGUGGAGAUGGUGCAGGCGCUGUACGAGGCUCCAGCAUACCAUCUGAUUCUGGAAGGAAUCCUCAUACUUUGGAUAAUCAGACUCGUUUUCUCUAAAACUUACAAGUUGCAGGAGCGUUCUGACCUUACAGCCAAGGAAAAGGAAGAACUGAUUGAAGAAUGGCAGCCAGAGCCCCUCGUCCCCCCGGUCUCCAGGAACCAUCCUGCUCUCAACUACAACAUCGUCUCCGGCCCUCCAACCCAUAACAUCGUGGUGAACGGAAAAGAGUGUGUCAACUUUGCCUCCUUUAAUUUCCUCGGGUUGCUGGCCAACCCUCGGGUUAAGGCUGCGGCUUUUGCAUCAUUAAAGAAGUACGGCGUGGGUACCUGUGGUCCCAGAGGGUUUUAUGGCACAUUUGAUGUCCAUCUGGAUUUGGAAGAGCGCCUGGCAAAGUUUAUGAAGACCGAAGAAGCUAUCAUUUACUCCUAUGGCUUCUCCACCAUAGCCAGUGCGAUUCCUGCGUACUCUAAGAGAGGGGACAUUGUUUUUGUGGACAGUGCAGCCUGCUUUGCUAUCCAGAAAGGACUACAGGCAUCACGCAGUGACAUUAAGUUAUUCAAGCACAAUGACGUAGCUGACCUGGAGCGACUGCUAAAAGAACAAGAGAUUGAAGAUCAAAAGAAUCCUCGCAAGGCCCGUGUGACUCGGCGGUUCAUCAUCGCGGAAGGAUUGUAUAUGAACACUGGAACCAUCUGCCCUCUUCCAGAACUGGUGAGGUUAAAGUAUAAAUACAAAGCAAGGAUCUUCCUGGAGGAGAGCCUGUCGUUCGGAGUCCUUGGGGAGCAUGGGCGAGGAGUCACCGAGCACUAUGGGAUCAGUAUUGACGACAUCGACCUUAUCAGUGCUAACAUGGAGAAUGCACUCGCUUCUGUUGGGGGCUUCUGCUGUGGCCGCUCUUUCGUGGUUGACCAUCAGCGGCUCUCUGGCCAAGGAUACUGCUUUUCAGCUUCACUGCCCCCCCUGCUAGCCGCUGCCGCCAUUGAGGCCCUCAACAUCAUGGAGGAGAACCCAGGAAUUUUUGCAGUUUUAAAGAAAAAGUGCCAGACCAUCCACAAGUCCCUACAAGGGGUUUCCGGUUUAAAAGUGGUGGGGGAGUCCCUUUGCCCAGCGCUUCACCUCCAGCUGGAAGAGAGCACGGGCUCUCGGGAGAGAGAUAUGAAGCUGCUUCAGGAGAUCGUAGAGCAAUGCAUGAAUAAGGGCAUCGCAUUGACUCAGGCACGCUACUUGGACAAGGAAGAGAAGUGCCUUCCUCCUCCAAGCAUCAGGGUUGUGGUCACCGUGGAGCAGACAGACGAAGAGCUGCAGAGGGCUGCAGCCACCAUCAGGGAGGCGGCCCAGGCUGUGCUUUUGUAGGCUCCUGCCCAGUGCUUGCGACUAUGUCACCUGCAGACGGAACUACUCAGACCUCCAGCUGCCCAGGGCGUGGCUGCCCUUGAGUCCACAGCCAGAAUGGAUGGUUUUACCCAGCAGGCUUCCAGAGGAUGGCAGACGACAGUGUAACACUAGUGUUUAUGCGGUGCCAUGGCUCUGUCGGGAUGCCUCACUCUGUCAUUUAUACUCGCCUUUGUUUAAAACUGGAGCUUCCGUUCUCCCUCUCCCGCCUGUGGGAACAAUUCGAUAAGCACUCCUUCGUAUUCCUUACAAAAGGACUUGCAGCUGAGAGGAAGUCUCCACGCACCACAGUUACUGUGGGAUGAUAGACAGUGGCCUCCAAGGUCCUUCGGGUAGAGCUCAGUGGUGGCUGCUGUGCAGACAACUCCUGUGUGUCAAAAAUGUCAUAGAACAUGUUGAUCCUAGAACUCUGUGUGCUCCAGUUACUGAUGCUGUCGUGUCUAAUCUGAGCUUCACUAACAAUAGUCAUACCGCUCCCUAAGCAAUAAUCUGAAUCAAACAUUAUUUUAUUUUUGUGUAAUUGACUUUAUAUUUUUUAUAUAUUCUCUAGUCAGUUUUGGGAAGAGGGUUAUUAUUCUGGUCCCCAAAUAUAAAUCAUAUCCUUGGUAUUUUUUUAAUAUGUCCGGUGUCCUUUUUCAUGGUGGUCUUGUCCAGGAACAUAGAACUGUGGGCCUUUUCUAAGCUGAGAAAAGAGAGAACUUUCUUCUUUCGUUCUAUAAAUUCCAGAUGCCUCAGAAAAUAGGAAUGCUCUGAAAACUGCUGCUGUCCUUAGUGAGCGUGCUGAGGGGUGUAACGGCUUGUGACAUGUGCCGUGAUCGUGUUCGUGGAAGGCCAUUACUCCCUCUCGCUGCACAGGCAGAGGAACGGGGCCUGUAACCGUCGUUUUCGGAUGUGCAUUCGUGUUAACAGUGGACGGCAUCUUCCUAAAUGAUCUGUGACAUGUUUAAUGUGUCUAUUUCAUACGUGCCUUGUGAAUGCUGCUGCUGUGAGGGUACGGGGAUGAGUCUGUUUUGGUUUGGUUUUUAAUGAAAUAAACCUCCAAGAGC